AUGGGUACUUUCAAGUUGAAUUUCGAUGGUGCCUGCCCUCGGCCACCUGCUCUACCAGCAAUUGGCAUGAUUUUGGGCGAUAGUGAUGGAGUUGUUAUGGCAGGACAAGUGUUCAUUAUUGGUGUUCCUCGUUCAGCAAGUGUUGUGGAAGCUUUGGCGAUCGCAUAUGAUGUCCGAUUGGCGAUGAGUAUUGAGUUGUCGAGGGUGGUGAUUGAAAGUGAUUGUUGGAAUGUUGUUCAACAGUUCAAUAUUCGUGACGCUCGUCAACUCUUGGCCGCUCAUCCUCACAUUUCAGCUAGGUUUAACCAUCGGGAAGUUAACAGUGCUGCUCCUGCUCUUGCAAAUUAUACUUAA